AUGUCAUAUUCAACGACUAUUGAUGAUAUAUGUAAUGCUGUAAAAAAUUUACCAUCAUUAAAAAAUAUCAUCACUAUGGUAGUAGUAGUGGUGGUGUGUGGUGAUGAUGAUGAUGAUGAUGAUGGGGGUCGUGGGAAAUUGGAUAUCGGUAUAAGUUGUGAUAUAAAAGCUGGUUAUUCUAUAGAACAACAAAAUAUAAUAGAAGUAACACUUAGUUCAUUGAAUGAUCAAGUUCGAAUUGGUCCAGAUGGUAGAGAAGAUUCAUUUAUUCAUGAAUUAGCUAGAAAUUUAUCUAAAGAAGCUUAUUUAGCUGCAUCAACUAAUUUAAAAUUACGUAAAGAUAAUUUGAAACUAUUCAAUAGUGGAGUGACAUGA